AUGACUGAGCUUGGAUCAUCUCCUACUCCCUCUUCGCUCAUGAAAGAGCCUUGCACCGAUCUUCAGAAUGACGGCCCGGGCACGCGCAACUUGGACUCCGCAGAGAAUCAGGCGUUAACACCUCUGCCUCCAAACGAGCUUAAGCUGCGCUAUCAGAACUGGACUCUCCUCGUUCCAAGUUCCCCUCUAGCAGCGCAACAGCUCAUCCACACGUUGCGGGCCCACCGAGAAGCAUGCAUUGCAGAGCACGCAAUGGCUCAACGCCGUCUCCACGAAAUGGUCUCCGCUAUGAAUUUUCUCCGGUCCUUGAUAGACGAACGGACUCGAAGCAUCCGGGAUGCAGAACACGACAUCGGUGAAGCACAUCUAGCCCUCCAUGCGCACGGCGUUGCGUUGGGCAAUGAUGGUUGCAGUUUGUGUCGUAAUGGCAAGGAUGCCCUCAUAGCCUGA